GUUGGGGGCGCCAUAUAGCUAGAACUCACAGUGAGGAGAGAGAAGACGUGAAGGCGAAGAAGUGACGUAAAGAUGUCUGCUCACGAUCAGCUUGUUUUGUAUUUGUGUGAAUUAACGAGGUUGCUGUGGAAGUUGCUUCUCCCACUGGUGCUUCUGUGUGUGCUUCUGCUCGCCGUCCUCGUCCUGCUGGUGCUGGCUGUUCGUCUCUGGCUGCAGAGCAGCAGGAACGCUCGCCGGGCGAGGGAGGGUCGACCCACUGUAGCCUUUUUCCACCCUUACUGCAAUGCUGGAGGGGGAGGAGAAAGGGUGCUCUGGUGUGCAAUCAGGGCUCUGCAGAACAGGUAUGCAGACGUCAAUUUUGUGGUUUACACCGGGGACCUGGGCGUAACUGGCCAGCAAAUCCUGGACGGAGCACGUCAACGCUUCAACAUCGUGCUCCCACGACAGGUCCGCUUUGUGUUCCUGCAGCACCGGGUGCUUGUGGAGCCCGGCCUGUUUCCGCACUUCACCCUUCUGGGACAGAGCAUAGGGUCCGUCUUCUUGGGAUGGGAGGCGCUGACAGAGCUGGUCCCGGACCUCUAUAUAGACUCCAUGGGCUACGCAUUCACUCUCCCGCUGUUUCGCUACCUGGGAGGCUGCAGUGUCGGGAGCUAUGUUCACUAUCCCACCAUUAGCACCGACAUGCUCUCUGUGGUGAGGGAGCGGAACCCAAGGUUCAACAACCCAGACUUCAUCUCAAACAGUCUGUUUCUGAGCGCCUUCAAGUUGGUCUACUACUGCCUCUUUGCUGUGCUCUACGGGAUGGCCGGCUCCUGCAGCGACGUCAUCAUGGUCAACUCCUCUUGGACCCUCGACCACAUCUUGUCUCUGUGGCGUUCCCCCAACCGCACCAGCGUGGUGUACCCACCCUGCGACAUAAGUGCCUUCCUGGACAUCCCGCUGGAGGAUGACGGGGACAGGAAGUGCCACUCCAUCGUUUCUGUCGGGCAGUUCAGGCCGGAGAAGGAUCACCGGCUGCAGAUCAGGGCUUUUAAGAAGGCGUUAGACAAACGAAAGGAGUUGAAGCUCAUUCUGAUAGGCGGAUGCAGAAACCAGGAAGAUGAAGACAGAGUUCUGAUGCUUAGGGGACUCUGCCAGGAGCUGGGCGUGGCGGAUAGAGUGGAGUUCAAACUGAACGUUUCAUUCGAAGAGCUGAAGAGGGAGAUGAGCAAAGCCACCAUUGGUCUACACACCAUGUGGAAUGAACACUUUGGAAUUGGGGUGGUGGAGUGCAUGGCAGCAGGAAAGGUCAUCCUGGCUCACAGAUCUGGGGGUCCAAAGCUCGACAUCGUCAGACCUUUUGAAGGCCAUCAAACCGGAUUCCUAGCAGACAGUGAGGAAAGUUACGCCGAAGCCAUAGAGCAGAUCCUGGCUCUAACUCCUGAGAGCCGCCUGGACAUCAGACGCAGCGCACGCCAGUCAGUGGCACGCUUCUCAGAUGAGGAGUUUGAAGCCUGCUUCCUUGCAGCCAUGGAGCCUCUGAUGGGAACACUGGAGGGAUGAUCUGUUCCAACUUCACAGCUGAAGCACCUCAACCUUAACGACAAACAUGUUUCCUUUU